GUCGUCAUGGAAACGGUUUGUUUUCGAUCAGAGACGAGAGAGUUCACGGAGGGAGCGCCUGAGCUCAGGUGAACACAGAGAGGAUUCAGGCUGUUACAGUACUUAAACAGGAAGUUCAGUCCGUGACUUACAGGAAGUCAAGAAGCUGUGUGACAUCAUCAGGAGAUGGCGAUGUCACAGUGUGACAUCAUCGACUUCUCUGCAUUGGAGAGAGAGCUGCAGGUGGCAGUCGAGUCUGAGCGGCGACAUCAGCGUGAGAACGACGCCAAGCUGAGAGCCGUCUGCCAGAGAGCGUCCUACGACCAGUUCAGAGACCUGGUCCUGGCCUGCCACAUGAAGCCUCUGGAGAAGAAAGAUAAAGACGGCGCCCCGCGGAAACAGCCCUGGAACCCCGUCGCCCCGAGCAACAAGUGAUGUCCACUCACCUGGACCAGCGUGGACCGACACGCUGUAGUCCACAGAGUCUUUUAUAGUCCUGCUGUGAUGAACAUGUGACACAUGAUGAAAGCUGUAAACAGGAAAAGAGAUCAGAUGUAACAAUUCAUCAUUUCUAAUAAACCUGAAGAACGUGAA